CCCGCCUCGGCCACAGUCCAGCCGAGACAUGGAGGCGCAUCUCAGCUUCGGCGGCCGGCGGGCCCUGGUGACUGGGGCCGGCAAAGGGAUCGGUCGUGCCGUGGCCGUGGCGCUGAGCAGGGCCGGGGCUCGCGUGACCGCGCUGAGCCGAACGGCGGCGGACUUGGAGAGCCUCGCGCGGGAGUGCCCGGGCAUCGAGACCCUCUGCGUGGACCUGGCGGACUGGGAGACUGUGGAGGCGGCGGUGGGCGCGGCGGGGCCGUUCCAGCUGCUGGUUAACAACGCGGCGGUGGCGGAGCUGCAGCCGUUCCUGGAGGUGACGCGCUCGGCCCUGCAGCGGUCUCUUGAUGUGAAUUUUGGGGCUGUGCUUCAUGUUUCCCAGAUAGUUGCUCGGCAGAUGAUUGCACAGGGGGUGCCAGGAGCUAUUGUGAAUGUCUCCAGCCAGGCAUCAAAGCGUGCGCUGAAGGAUCAUGCUGUCUAUUGUUCCACAAAAAGUGCUCUGGAUAUGCUGAGCAAAGUAAUGGCAAUGGAACUGGGACCCCACAAGAUUAGGGUGAACACUGUGAACCCCACUGUGGUUAUGACUGACAUGGGGAGAAUUAACUGGAGUGACCCUCAGAAAUCUGCUGCCAUGAUUAACCGGAUUCCGCUGGGAAAGUUUGCAGAGGUGGAUGAUGUGGUGAACAGCAUUCUCUUCCUGCUGAGUGACAAGAGUGCUAUGACAACUGGCAGCUCACUGAUGAUUGAUGGGGGCUUUCUUGUCUCCUAAGAUGACACCUGCAUUUCACACCUGGCCUCAAUUUUCAUAUGAAUACUGCCUAGAUGUAAACUGGAUAGAAAACAAUGACUUGCUUCUUGCCAGAGGGGCAGCAGGGCUGAAGAUUGUAUUAGAAGUGAGGCAGGAAAUCAGCUCUGCAAGGCUGCUAUAUAAUAAAGCUCACAUACACCUUCA